AUGUAAUUAGGUUCUUAGUUUUCUAAACCCACUUUUUUGGAACAAAUUGAUAUAUUUGGUAUUGCUAUUGCUAUUAGAUUUAACACGUCUCCUAGCCAUAACACUCGCUUUGGAGGUUUCAUUACGCUAGGAAUUUUAGGAAUCUUAUUUUUUUAGCUUAUAUCUGUACUAGAAGUUCUAUUUAAAUAAGCUAACCCGCAAGUUAUCUAAUCAAAUGAUUAUGUUUAUCAACCAGAGCCAUUUUAGAUUACACCUAAAACAUUCAACUUUGCUAUAGGUUUGCAAGACAUUAAUUUUAACUAAUUUAUGGAUGAGACUAUCUAUGUAGUUAAAGGUGUUUAGUAAAAUUUAAUUAAAACUAAAAACGAAACAACAGGAGAUUAUGAUUAAAAAUGGAUCAUCAAAGACAUUUAGCUUGUCUAAUGUACUGAAGAAAAUUUUCAGAUAGAAGAUACACAGUAAUAUUUUUUAUAGCAGCUCUAUCAAAAAAUGUACUGCUUCAAUCUUGAAGAAGAUAAUGCAACAAUUGAAGGAGAAUUUUCAGCAUUAAUUUAUAGAUCAAUUGUUCUACAUUUUGAUGAAUGUAUAGGAAAUGGCUGCGCUACUAACCAAACAAAAAUGAAUUACAUUAACUAGCCUACCCUUGCAUUGUUUAUGUCUAAUAACAUUAUCCAAAUUAAGGAUAAAUACAAACCUUAUUAGACAAUUGGAAAGAAUCUUUAUUGGGUAUCUGGUCCAGAAUUUAAUAAGUAUGUUACACUUAAUUUUGUGAACAAUUACAUAAAUUCGGAUUUUGCUUUUUACGGAAAUAAAUGGCAGAAAGACAGAGUAGUGUCUCUAAGUACAUCAGGAGAAUCAGUUUUGCCUAGAACAAGUAAUACUAUGUUUAGUCUAACACUAGUUUAUGAAAAGAAUUUGGAAAUUAAUUAUUACAGAUCAUACUUAAAGUUAGAUUAGGCUUUUUCAUAAUUAGGUGGCCUCUUUAAUGGUUUACUUGCAAUUGGGUUUAUAAUAUGUAAACCAUUAUCAUAGCUAGAAUUGAACAGAAAGUUGUUGAAUUCUAUCUUUAACAUUAGCAAAGAAGAUCAAGAAGAAAUAGAAAAAGAUUAGAUACAUGCACCAACAGCCUAAUAGAAAGCUGAUAGUCCUUAAUAAAGAGAUUAAUCUUAAUCUUAAGUAUUAAAAGAAAGCUAAAAAAUGAAAGCUUCUAAAUCUGAAAUAAAAAACAGUACAGAUAUAAUAAAUUAAAUUAAAAAUCAAGCAAAUACGAAGAAAAAAGGGGAGAUUAACAAUGAUGUCAACAACUUUUUUAAAGUUUAAUUUUCUGAACUGUAAAUAAAAUUUAGAGAUUAUUUAUCUUAUUACUUAAGAUUCUUUAAACGAUUUUAAUCAGUCAAGUAAAAAAUUAUAACGUAUGGUACAGAUAAGCUUUACAGCUAAAUUGACAUAUUUUAUAUUAUCAACAAAAUGAUUGAACUUGAAAAAUUAAAGCAUUUAUUACUCAAUCAGCACCAAAUUAAAUUAUUUGAGUAUUUACCAAGACCGCAACUAAGAUUGCAAGAUAUGAUCGAACAGGAAAAUGCCAAUAAUGAUCCAAAUGAAAAAGAAAAAUCUCCUUAAAUUACUGAUUUUAAUAUGAGCAUGAACAGUCCAGAUAUAAAAAAGAAUUAAAAAGCUAAAGAGAAAGAUAAGUUUACAAUUUUUGCAUUAGAUGAUAAAGACCCUUUAUAGAAAGCGCAAGAUGCUUAAAGAGCAUUUAAUUACAUUUAGAGAAGAGCCUAAAGAGGAAAGAAAAGUCAAAUAGAUGAAAAAUUAGUCAGAAUGCUUGACCCAAAGCUUGUAAAUAUGUUUAAAGAUAAUUCUUUUGAUUUUGGAACAUAGCCGAUUAACCUCGAUGAAGACUCUGAUGAUAAUGAAGGUGAAAAUGAUGCUAAAAAAGGAAUUGAUAAGCAAUCUUCUGUCCUUAAAAAAAGUAUUUUCCAGGCAGAUGCCACAUUUAAAAUAGAUAAAACUAUUCUUGAAUAAGAAGAAGAGGAGGAAAACAAAGACUUAUUUAAUGUAAGCAACAUCCCAAUAAAAUAAGAUAGAAGCCAAUAAAAUUAAGAGGCCAUAAAUUAAAUGGAUUUAAGCUAGAUAAAUUAAAAGUCAGUCCUUUUAUUAACUUAAUCAUAAUCUAUUACACCAAAGCAAUCAGCUAAAUAAAACAAAAGUAACACAAAUAUCUAAAAAGGAGCUUAAAACUAAGGCGAUAUUACAGAUUAUUUGGAUUCUAACAAUAUAUCUUUAACUCAGUCACCUUUCACUACAAAUAGGUAGCUUUAGGAUAAAAAUCAAGAUGGUAUUUAGGAAAAAGGUAAAAAUGAUUAUUCGUAAGAAAAUCAUCACGAUUAGUAAGAUAUAAUUGAAGAUGAUAAAAGAAAUGAAGGUGAUGAAAAUGGUAUUUAAGUAACAAGACCAUCUAAUGCUAGAAAAUAUUUUGAUAAUUCUGAUCAUCAUUAAUGA